UGUUGAGGUCACCGAUCCAGUGACCACACCCUCAGGUUCCUCAGGGCGGUGGCUCUCUUUCUUGUGCAGCUCGUUUGACUUCUUCAACAAGUGCUGUACAUCACUAUACAGCUGGUUAGGUCAUGUGUUUGAGGCUGCCUGCUUUCACAGAGACUGGUCAUAUCAAGUGGUUGGCAUCAAAAAGUGCCAGGAGAAUGCCAGCUUAUUUGAUAUAUUAGAUAUAUUCCUUAGUGCUAUCUCAAGAGGGAAAUUGAAGAAAAUAAUACAUAAGGUAGAAAACACCGUCGGUGAAGUGAAGAAGUCACCACUCUUGUGUGUGGCAAGCAACACCGCACCAAAUGAUAUUGCCAACAAAAACAGGAGCAGAAUUAGAACUGCUAGCAAGCGGGAGAUAUUUGGUCGAGAGGCCUUGCGUCAUAAUAUAAUGGCAAAGCUCCGCGAGACAUCACCAAGCUUGGGUACUAGUCCAUGUUACUCGGUGAUUGGCAUAUAUGGUGUUGCAGGGUCUGGGAAGACUACCUUUGCACGGUAUACUCGAGACUACAUAGAGGAGGAAUGCAAGGAGGAGAACCUGUUCGACACCAUCAUGUGCAUUCAUCUGUCCGAGACAUUCAGUGUGGAUGAUAUCUUCCAUGAAAUGCUGAAGGAUAUUACCAAUGAUCGGCACCCCAACAUUUCACAUCGUGAGGAGCUGAAAGAAAAGUUGAAGGAAUCAUUGAGUGGCAAGCGUUUCUUCUUGAUAUUGGAUGAUCUGUGGGUGAAGACCAAGAACGACCAACAACUGGAGGAACUAAUCUCUCCGCUCAAUGUUGGGAUGAAAGGAAGCAAAAUUUUGGUGACGGCUCGAACAAUAGUUGCAACUAGAGUUCUGUGUGAUGAUGAACCUAUUAAAAUGCCUGAUUUGGACAAGGAUUUAUACUUUUCGAUGUUUAUGCAUUAUGCACUGGGCACUAAAAGUGCUGUCAAUGAAGAAUUUAUACGAGUUGGGAGGGUGAUUGCAGAAAAGUUACACCAAUCACCUAUUGCAGCAGUAGCAGUGGCAGGACGACUUGGGGCAAACCCAGAUAUCAAGUUUUGGAAAAAUACU